ACCGGCAGAGAAUUCACACACAGGUUGUACAGUACUCUGGGUUACUUAGUGGUAAUACUGCUGUAUGAUGCACUGCAGACAGUAACAAGCUGCCGCGUACAAGCUUCCUCCAUCUCUGUGCUGUCCGUUACUCACUUGGAAUCAAGUUGUGGAAUAGUCGGAGUUGCCACAUUGGAGUCGUUUACAAGGCAACAGCUGCAAAACGUCAACUAAACAAGAUGGCAGAGGAAAGCGCCAUCAUGGAAGUAGAUGGUGGAAUCAUGGAGGGGGGUGGUCAGAUUCUCAGAAUUUCCACUGCUCUCAGCUGUCUACUAGGGAUACAGACACGCGUCGUAAGAAUCCGAGCUGGCCGCAGCACUCCAGGGCUCAGGCCUCAACAUCUCUCUGGAUUGGUGACUGUUCGAGACCUUUGUGCAGGACAAUUGGAGAAUGCAGAGAUUGGAUCCACAGAAGUCACUUUCACUCCCGGGAAAAUAAAAGGAGGCGCAUUGACUGCUGACACCAAGACAGCUGGGAGUGUGUGUUUACUGCUUCAGGUUUCUCUACCUUGCGUUCUCUUUGCGGAAUCUCCAUCUGAAUUAAUCUUCAAAGGUGGCACUAAUGCAGAGAUGGCGCCACAGAUUGAUUACACCACAAUGGUGUUCAAGCCAAUAGCGGAAAAGUUUUCUUUCAAAUUAGAUUGUGACAUCAGAAGAAGAGGUUACUAUCCACGUGGUGGUGGGGAAAUUCUUGUCAGAGUUGCGCCUGUCAAGUAUUUAAACCCUAUUAACCUGACAGAUCGUGGCACAAUCACCAAAAUCUAUGGACGAGCAUUUGUGGCUGGAGUUCUUCCCUAUAAGAUGGUGAAAGAUAUGACUUCUGCUGCAGUGCGAUGUAUACGCCGGGAACUCCGGGAUCUUUAUGUGAAUAUUGAAGCUGUACAGGAAUCUGGUGACAAAGCAGUGGGAAAUGGCAGUGGUAUAAUCAUUGUUGCAGAGACUUCCACUGGCUGCUUAUUUGCUGGUUCUGCACUUGGCAAGAGAGGGGUUUCUGCAGAUCGAGUUGGGGCAGAAGCUGCUGAAAUAUUGCUCCGUAAUUUGCAUCAUGGUGGCUGCGUGGAUGAAUAUCUGCAGGACCAGUUGAUAAUAUUUAUGGCUCUGGCAGACGGGGUCUCCUUGCUACGGACAGGCCCUCUGACACUGCAUACACAGACUGCUAUUCACUUCGCAGAGCAAAUGACUAAGGCCAAGUUUUCCAUAAAGAAGUGUGAAGAUUCUGACUCUGAGAGUUAUAUAAUUGAAUGUCAAGGAAUUGGUCUGCAGAACAAAAAUAUAUGAGACUGGUAAUAGAUUGGCCAGACACAGUGAAGAUAACAUGUGGAUGUUCUCCAGAGCAUAGCAUGACACACAAGGAACAGUGCAUGCUGAAGGAAGGCAGUAUAAAGGAAUCCUAAGCUUGUUAUACUGACUUGCAAUCUGAUUCUGUCUGAGAAGUAAUCAGGCACUGCACGAUUGAAAACAAAUUUUAAUUUAUCUUAGUCGGAAUACCUGGUGACAUUACUCUGUCACUUCUGCACCUCUAAAUAAAUUGGGUGUAAAUCAAUUAAAAGUGAUUGUUUACUUUAUGUGCGUGGUGACUAGCUGUCACUCUUCCGUGUUUAUUGGACCUUUUUAUCCUUUCCUCCUACAUUUUGUCUAUGUGCUGUAUCCAAUCACUUUCCAUUGCCACAUAUUA